GACCGAGAUGCAUCUUACUAAAAAUAAGGUAUAAAUACACCACCAGCUAAACCUUUUCUGAUUGGUAUCUCAGAAUCCAAAGUCCAAACUACCUUCUUUUUUAGUCUUUUGUUUCUGCUUUGAAAAAUUCUCCAUAACCAGCAGCCGAACCAACCCAAACCACAAUGGCUAUUUUGAACGUGAGUUUGAGAGGCACCGCUGCUUCUACUUCAUCAUCCUCUCUGCCCUCUUGGCCACACCUGUCAAAUUCAGUCCCUUUCUCUCUCUCUAAGAAACCAGUGAUAGCCAAAUUUCCAAACACCACCAUACUAUCUCCUCCUAAGCUUCGACUUCAAGCUUCUUUUGGAAAGAAAACCAGAGCUUCACUCUCUGCAACUAUGGCAACUGGUGGGCAAGAGGUUCUGCCACCAGCUCUCACUUCUACCUCAGACCCACCUACACUCUUCGAUGGGAAAACAAGGUUGUACAUAUCUUACCAAUGCCCAUAUGCACAGCGUGCGUGGAUUGCCCGGAACUGUAAGGGACUGGAGGAAAAUAUACAAUUGGUUCCUAUCGAUCUGCAAGACAGGCCUGCUUGGUACAAGGAGAAAGUCUACCCACCUAACAAGGUGCCGUCGCUGGAACACAAUAACAAAGUCAAAGGAGAGAGUCUUGAUUUGAUUAGAUAUAUUGACAGUCACUUUGAAGGGCCUUCACUGUUCCCUGAUGAUCCUGCAAAGAGAGAGUUUGCAGAAGAGUUGCUGUCCUACACAGACUCCUUCAAUAAAUCUGUGUUUACUUCAUUUAAAGAGGACAGAACCGAGGCAGCUGCAGGUGCUGCAUUUGACUAUAUUGAAACUGCUCUUUCCAAAUUUGAAGAUGGACCUUUCUUUCUUGGCACUUUCAGUCUGGUGGAUAUAGCUUAUGCUCCAUUCCUUGAAAGAUUUCAGCCUUUCUCACUGGAAGUGAAGAAGUAUGACAUCACUGCAGGCAGGCCUAAACUGGCAGCAUGGUUUGAGAAGAUGAACAAAAAUUUAGCUUACAAAAAAACCCGGCGUGAUCCCAAAGAGCUCGUUGAAAGCUACAAGAGACGCUUUUUGGCACAGAAAUGAAAUCAGCAUAACAAAGUUAGGAGUCGCUGCAAUUUCAAUUUCUCCAGCUUCUUCAGAGAACCAAAUCAUGUAAUUAUUGAAUGGAAUGUUAACUUAGCUGAAUUGGUAUUUUCAGCUUUUAUUUUAUAUAAAUAAUUUGAACAAAACAGAACAUCCUUUGAAUAUAGGCCGAGGACAUCACAUGUGACCAAGUAAUCAGGGCCUUGGUUUACUUGACUUUCUGACUGUCUUACAAGAGAAAUAACCUUUGCUUUGAUUCUUAUCAAUAUUUGCACAUCAA